GCUGCUCUUCGGGGAUGGAGUUGAGCCAGACUGUUGGGCGGCUCUAGGGCUGUACAAGCAAGCAGCAGAAGUUGUGGCUGAGCAGCAGCAGCGAAACCCUCAAAUCCCGCUGCUGCAGCUGCCGCCCUCUGCCCGGCUUUCUCACUACACCAAGACGGAGCACCGGGAGCAGCAAAAUGCUGCAGGGCAGCAGGAAGACGUGAUGCAGUACUGGGAGGUCCAGGCCAAAAAUGAUGACCCCGUUGCGUCUUACGAGCUCGCCAAGCUGAUAGAGCAGCAGCAGCAGCAGCAGCAGCAGCAAAAUGCUUCCGACGAAGCCACAAAGCGGUGA